AUGCUCCAGUCACUCGUCCUCGUCUCCGCGCUCGCGCUCACCGCCUCCGCUCAGUCCUUCCCAGGCCUGGGCACCAUUCCUGCCAGCUGCAAGUCACAGUGUGCUGAGGUUUCCAGCUUCGCCAACUCGUGCGCGUCCAUGGACGAGACCUGUCUCGAGAAAGUGUGUGCGAACGCGGGCAAGUUCAAGUCCUGCCUUGAUUGCGCCAAGAUGUCGAGCAUCUAUGAGCAGUUCGAGAGCUCGUGCUCCAUGCUUGGAUACGAUGUCGCUGGCGGUUCCAGCUCUGGCUCGUCUGGCUCCUCCGACUCCUCCGGCUCCUCCGGCUCCUCUGGCUCCUCCGGCUCCUCCGACUCCUCUGGCUCCUACGGCUCCAACUCUGGCUCCGACUCGGACGUGAUCUCGGACGUGGGCACGACACGGAAGCCAACGAUCGGCGCCAUCAUGCCCACGCUCACCACUCCCGACCUCUCUACUGUGACUGGAAGUGGUCUCGCCUUCCCUGCACCUGAGGAGUCGGCUUCGGCUGGAUCAGGCGGAGCCGGGGCUGGAGGACUCUCUGGAUCGAACGCCGACAACGGAGGUGCUGGUGCUGGAUCGGCUGGUACUGGUUCCCGGUCCCAACGCUGGCUCCUCCGGUAG